AUGCGUUGUACCUGUGGCUAUUCGAAGAUAACAAGAAGACGCAGCUGCAGAUGUCUCCUGUACCUUUUGAGGAUCGAAAGUUAUAAAUACGAUGUUAGUUCCACUAAUUGCCGCUCAUCAAUGCAAGUGAAAUAUUUCUUAGUUUACCCUAUAUUCGGUGUCUGUUUGGCAACAAUGGCCGGAUUAUCUCUCGAGGAGGAGGUUGGGCUUCCUCGUGUAUCCGGUAGCAAAAUGAAUGUUGCUGUUGAAAGUCAGGCUGUCCCAGAUGUGAAGCUUGAAGUAAACGAAGUGUUAAAUGUCCAAGUCAUUAAUGCCAUUGAAUACGAAAAAGAAGAGGCACAGGGAACGAGCGAGCCAGUGAACACCCGGGUCAUGAAUGGAAACAGUGGGUGUGGCAUGAAGGAAUCUAUAACAGAUAUCAUCCUGUCACUCUUUUGGUCUGUUAUCCAAGCAGAUGGUGGUAAAAGGGGAAAAACAGCAAGCUUCUACUGGAAGUUUUAUGAAACUUAUACUGGCACCCCAGAAAGAUCUAUCAUUGAUCAGGCUAUAGCCGCCAUUAACGCCAAAUUGGACGGGAAAUGGGAGGAAAACCAUUGUAUCACCAUGUCGAAUGAGGCUAAUGGUUGGAUUGGAACUCUACUUGUUGGACCCAGCAGAGAUGCUUGGAAAGCUGAUUGCGGAGGAAGAUUUAAGGGCAACUGGGACGCGACAUCCCAAGCCUUGGAGUGGCCAUUUGCAAAAGUUGAGUCUUAA